UUAUGAAAUUACACUUGACAAUUCGAAUCCUUACCUUAAGAAUGAUAGUUGGUACAUUUUGCUUCACUGUAAUGAGCCUUUCCGUUAUGAGAACGCCCGUAUCAGGCUCUACUCUUCUGUCGAGGACAUCCACAGCAUACACAUGUGAACAGUGCUCAUUGGGGUAUUUUUGCCAGUUCGCUGCAGAGACUAAGCUCCAUGGGUAAUCGCUUUUAAAAAAAAUGACAAAAUUUAGAACUCAAGCCACUACUAUCACAUGAUUCCGUUCGGUAUACUAUUUGACGGAGAGAUACCACCAUAUCGAGAGAGUUCGGGCCAAUGUUCUUAUACUAAAAUAUCCGUAUGCUACGUCCAUCAAAGCGCACGUCCCCCAGUUGAAGAUACACGUGACUUGAAGGAAAUCAUUUUGGAUAUCCAUCGGAUGAAUGUGCUUCCGACUACUUCCCUAUCCUUUCAGAACCUCUUUGUUAUGGGUUUCUCAUCUGCCAAAAAGAAUAGCACUGGCUGCUUUUCCUCAUUGUUUGGAAAUCUUCGUAAAGCCAAAACUUUAGAGCAAAAGAAUACUGUUCCUGAAAGACUUCCGGCCUACGAAGAAUGCAUUACCACCAAAGCUCUGGAGCAUUUUGAUGUCAAGGCAGAUACAGAAAUCGAGAAGAUCAUUUACGAUACCAUUGAUAAUGCUUCAAGCGAACUUAGAGAGAUCAGUUUGGAGCUUCACCGAAACCCGGAGCUAGGCAUGCAUGAAUAUCAUUCUCACGACUUGUUGACUGAUUUCCUUGAACGCAAAGGAUUCAAAGUAACCAGACAUGCCUAUGGAAUGGAGACUGCAUUUACAGCUGAGUUCACCAAUGGCCCUGGUAGAAGAGUCGGUUUGUGCUCAGAAUACGACGGUCUGAAAGGUCUUGGUCAAGGAUGUGGACACAACUUGAUUGCCAUCAGUGGUGUUGGUGCUGCUAUGGCUAUCAAGGCUGCUCUGGAAAGCGGUCGUGUCAAAGGAAAGGUCAUCCUCUAUGGUACACCUGCUGAAGAAAUCACUGUUGGAAAGGUUAUCAUGUGCAACCUUGAUGUCUUCAAAAAGAAUGUGGAUGUGUGCAUGAUGAUUCAUCCAUCUCCCGGUGACACUGUAUAUCAUCGUAUGUUAGCUGUUGAUCAUGUUAACGUCGAAUUCUUUGGCAAGCCAAGUCACGCAGCUGCUGCACCAUGGAAUGGUAUCAAUGCCCUCGAUGCUAUCGCCCAAACAUGGAACAACAUUUCCAUGCUUCGCCAACAGAUUUUGCCAACUGACAGAAUCCACGGUAUCAUUACUGAUGGCGGUAAAGCAGCAAACAUUAUUCCAGAUUACGCUUCUGCAACCUUCUUUGUUCGUUCCUUGAAGAUUUCUCAAUUGGAUGAACUGAAACCUCGUGUUGAAAAGUGCUUUGAGGCUGCUGCUAUUGCCACAGGAUGCAAAGUCAAGUUUAGUUGGAAGGAUGUUGGUGUCACUAAAGACGUCUUGGUAAACUCAGUCAUGGGUGACAGAUAUACGAAGUACAUGGAGUCUUACGGUAUUUCCUAUAUCCCUAAAUCUGAACAAGAGCAAAUGAGCGGUGGUAGCACUGAUGCUGGAAACAUCAGCUACCAAGUUCCACUAGUGCACCCAGGCUUCGGUAUUCACACCACAGCCGUGAAUCACACACACGAAUUCACUGCUGCAGCAAAAACAGAGAUAGCACAUGAAGACACAUUGCGGGCCACUAAAGCAAUGUCUAUGACAUUAAUAGACAUUUUGCAGAGCCAAGACAUGCUAGAUGCAGCUGUUGCCGAAUUCAAAAAGAAUACCGCUUAAAUUUUACGAAGGCAUUAUUGACUUCAAAUGCAAUAAAACGUUUUGUUUUGGAACCCUUCAAAGAA